AUGUUAUCUUCUAAUGGCUAUGCGGCUGGUGUCUUCCUUGUUGCUUUACAUCAGCGAUACGGGCUUCGAUCAGAAAUCGAUUUAUUUAUUGCACAAGCUGUCCUUCAGUUUUUAUGUAUGAAGCAAAUCUCAGUUGCCAUAUUGACGUUUUACACAUAUACACGACGUCACCCUCGUUUAGAGCCUGGGCCACCGUUUGCGGAUUUUCCUUUAUUAAAUUUCCUAUGGUUUUUGAUGUUAGCCAUUGAAAAGAAGUGCAGUCUAGCUGUAUUUUCAGUACUAUGUGAAAAAUACAGUCCCCAACUGAACAGAGACUCUUCUUAUUUAAAAUACUUGGAUAAAAUUGGCCAAUUAUACUUCGGUGUUAAACCUCCUGCAAAUGAAAUGAAUAAUUUUUUUUCACGGAUAAUGCAAAUGUUUAAUGAUGGAGACAAAAUGGAAGAUUCUGUGUCAAGUGAUGACUUAGGUCGUUGUGCACUGAAUGGGAGUACCGAUGUAAAUUCACCAGAGGAAAUGUGUUUUGAAGAUGUGGAUUAAUAAUUUCGCAUAUAUCUCCACCAACUAUACAGUGCCUUUCGAUUUAGAGCUGGUAAUAUGCACAUACUCAUCUUUAUAGGCGGACUACAAAUACCUACCCACGUGACCGACAUUUGAAUUCUGAGCGUUUUUGGACAAUAAUUUUGUCUUGCAGUUAUGCUUUG